AUGGAAAGCUCCACCUCGACCCCCAUCUCCACAGCUACCACAGCCCAGAGCUCCACCGCCACCUUGAACCCCAGCUCAUCCACCCCGAACCUCAGUUCCACUGAAACCUCAACCCCAAGCUCCACUGACACCUCAAUACCCAGCUCCACAUUCUCCCCAAACCUCAGUUCCACAGCCACUCCGACCCCAAGCUCCACAGCCAUCUCGACCCCCAGCUCCACUGACACCUCAACCCUCAGCUCCACAUCGACCCCAAACCUGAGUUCCACUGACACCGCAACACCCAGCUCCAAAGCCACCUCGACCCGAAGCUCCACUGACAUCCCGACCCCCAGCUCCACAGCCACCCCAACCGGCAGCUUCACAUCUACCCCAAUCUCCAGUUCCACAGCCACCUCGAUCCCCAGCUCCAUAGACACCUUGAGCACUAUAUCUACAACCUCCUCAACCCCCAGCUUUACAGCCACCUCAACUCCGAACUUUACAACCACCUCCACAGCAACCUCGACAUCCAUCUCUGCAGGGACCUCGACCUCCAGCUCCACAGACACAUCUGUUGCUAGCUCCACAGCCACCUCAACCGCCAGCUCUGAAAUCACCUCGACUCCCAUCUCCGCAGACACCUCAAUCCACACAUCUACAGAGACCUCGACCUCCAGCUCCACAGCCACCUUGCGCCCCACCUCUGCAUCCACCUCGACCCCCAGCUCCACAGCCAUCUCGACCCCUAGCUCCAUAACCACCUCCACCUCCAGCUUCACUGACACCUCGACCCCCAGCUCACAGCCACAUCUGUCCUCGACCCCUAGCUCCGCAGACACCUCCACCUCCAGUUCCAAAGCCACCUCGGCUUCCAGCUCCACGACCACCCCAGCACUCAGCUCCACAUCCACCUCGACCCUCAGUUCCACUGAAACCUCGACCCCAAGCUCCACAGCCAUCUCGACCCCUAGCUCCGCAGACACCUCCACCUCCAGUUCCAAAGCCACCUCGGCUUCCAGCUCCACGACCACCCCAGCACUCAGCUCCACAUCCACCUCGACCCUCAGUUCCACUGAAACCUCGACCCCAAGCUCCACAGCCAUCUCGACCCCUAGCUCCGCAGACACCUCCACCUCCAGUUCCAAAGCCACCUCGGCUUCCAGCUCCACGACCACCCCAAGCUCCACAGCCACCCCGACCGCCAGCUCCACAGCCACCCCGACCGCCAGCUCCACAGCCACCCCGACCAGCUCCACAGCCACCCCGACCGCCAGCUCCACAGCCACCCCGACCGCCAGCUCCACAGCCACCCCGACCACCCCUCCACCUCCAGUUCCAAACUCCACAUCCACCUCGACCCUCAGUUCCACUGAAACCUCGACCCCAAGCUCCACAGCCAUCUCGACCCCUAGCUCCGCAGACACCUCCACCUCCAGUUCCAAAGCCACCUCGGCCUCCAGCUCUGCUGAAACCUUGACUCCCAGCUCCACAUCCAGCUUGACCCCCAGCUCUGCUGAAACCUCGACCCCAAGCUCCACAGCCACCUCGACCCCCAGCUCUGGUGAAACCUCAACCUCCAACUCCACAGCCACCUCCGUCACCAGCUCCGCCACCGCCUUGUUUCCAUCGCGACUCGAGGAGAGACGACGUCUGGCCAGCCUGCGUCUGGACCGGCCACCUCUCCCAGUCGCCUUCGGGGGCCGGUGGGACCGCCUCAUCGCUUGGGUCUUCUCCUGUCACCUCCCACACCACUGGUGA